AUGUAUUAUUAGAUAAUCAUGACUUAAAUUUUUCAAGCAUUCUAUUGGGGUAUCUUGAAUGUUUGUUACUAUCUUGCCAUUUCUUAAAAUAUCAUAAGCCACUUAAUCAAUUUUGGUAUUUAAAACAACAUCUUGAGUACUAAAUCUCGAUAACUAACUCUAUAUCAUAUUUUUAUGAUAUUUAUUUUCAUUAAUAAAAUCAUAGGUUACGCCCUAUUCACUAAGAGUAAUAUUUUAUUAAUACGCUAUAGUAAAAUGAUCUGUUUAUUGUGUAUUUCGGUGACUUUUUAUUUAAUUUGUGUUAUCUUCCUGAUAAUUGUUUUAGGUUUCUUCGUUAGAGCAGAUAUUUGUACUUAAAUUAUCUUUUUGAUUCUAUGUUAUCUAUUAUUAUUGAGAUCCAUGCACUUUUUACAAGCGCUAAAUAUUUUAUUUAUCUUAGUUUAGCUGAUUUUAUUAAUCAUAUACCUAUCCUUCAUCCUAAGAUUGUGCUGA